AUGGUUGCUUACUUUCUUGGUUCAAUUCAGUUCUUUUUUUUGUCAAAAUCUGUGCAGCUGAAUUUGUUGAUAAACCUUUACAGGGAUGCUGAGAUGAAGCAAGAUGAGAAUGGAAUAUUUGUUGGGCCAUGCCACCACCUCCCCCUCUUGUCACCGAGGGCUGAAUCAUCUAAUGAAGCUGAGUGUUUUGAAGAGGUCACUGGAAUUAUGGGAGUGGAGUCGGAUAAUCCUUAUGAUAUUGUGGGAGUGAAUCACAAGAUGCCUGCUGCUAAUAUUAAGAAGAGGUAUUGGAAACUCUCACUUAUCUGCAAGAUCCAAAUAAGACGAGAGUUAUUGAGAGUGAAGACAUAUUAUGCACUUAUGCAGCCUCUUAUUGAGUCUUAUCUUGUUUUAUUUAUAGGUUUGGCUAUGGAAGGGGAUGACGUGUUGCUUGCAGAGUUGGAAGUGAAAGCUCCACCCAAACGAGAUGAAUGGAUGACAACCUUACCUCCUGAGAGAAAGCGUGGUGGCAUGCCUACGCACACUACAAACUUCAGUAGAACUGCUAAAGAAGGGCGCGGCGAUACCAGUGCUUGGACAGACACCCCUUCAGGCCAUGCUCAGAAGGCGAAGACUAAUUACUUAGAAGCCUAUAAUGUGGCAGCGGCACUUGCUUCUAAUGACAAAGAUAGGAAAACCUCUGACAUUGAUGCUGCUUUGAUAGACCAAUAUAAUAAAGCCAAAAGAUCGAAGACCUUGGCACAGAAGCAUCAAGAAGUGUCUCAGAAAAGUCGUUCAAAAAAGAAAUCAAAGCUGAUGCAGAAACAGGAGGGGGGAGAAUGGGUGGGUAAUCACCCCUGGAAACCUUGGGUCCGAGAGAAAGAUCUCUCAGCUGGACGGCAGGAUGUAAGUCUUGACGCUGAGGAUAUGAAACAGGGUUUGUCUAUUAAGUUUUCGUCUGGGUCCUUCCAGAGGUGCUUCCUUUGA